AAAGGAACGAAAGCUAUGUGUCACGAGGGAGGCUGUGGUGCAUGCCUAGUAGCAGCAGAAAUUAAUGGCCAUGUUAUGUCCAUUAACUCGUGUUUGGUCCCAAUUCACAUUUGCGAUGGUUGGAAAAUCACAACCGUCGAAGGAUUAGGGAGCCGAGUAAAAGGCUACCACACGUUGCAAGCCACCCUAGCUGAAAUGAACGGGUCUCAAUGUGGUUUCUGCUCACCUGGAUGGGUUAUGAACAUGUAUAGUCUCACGAAAGGUAAAAAAAUGACGAUGAAAGAAAUUGAAAACUCUUUUGGUGGUAACAUUUGCCGGUGUACUGGAUACCGGCCGAUUCUGGAUGCUUUUAAAAUUUUUGCUAGUGAUGCUCCCGCUAACAUGAAGAAAAGUAUUAAAGAUAUAGAGGACAUUUAUAAAAUCCAAUCGUGUAAAAAUUGCCCAAAAGUAGCACGUAAUGGUACUUGCAAUGAUUUGGAAGUCAUAUAUAAAUCCAGUAUUCCCAGAAAAAUGAUAAUAGAGUUAAAAGAUAGUACGAAAAUCUACAAAUUAUUGGAUGUUAAGAACAUUUUUAAAAUUUUUGAAGAGCACCCAAAUGCAAAGUAUAUUAUUAAUGGUGGGAACACUGCUCAUGGUCUAUAUCGUGUAAAUAAAAUGCAAGUGUACAUUGAUAUUAAUGAUGUAUUGGAACUGCAUAGAGUUGAAAAAGAAAAAGACAUCCUUACUUUGGGUGCAAACAUAACUCUCUCUACGGCGAAAAACUUAUUCAGUAAGUAUGCACAGGAAUCAGGCUUCCAAUAUCUAAAACAAAUGGCUGGUCAUAUUGAUUUAGUCGCGAGUGUGCCCAUCAGAAAUAUUGGAACGAUUGCUGGUAACUUAAUGAUAAAAAAUGAGCACCGGGAGUUUCCUUCAGAUAUUUUUUUAAUACUUGAAACAGCUGGAGCCGAAAUUCAUAUAUUGAGCGCCCCAGGCUCUAAAGAUAAUGUUGAAUUAAUCAAUUUUUUAAACUUAAACAUGAAUAAGAAAAUAAUUUAUAGCAUCGUACUUCCAGCCUUAAGCAGUGAUUAUGUAUACAAAACUUAUAAGAUAAUGCCAAGAGCUCAAAAUGCUCAUGCUAUAGUUAAUGCUGGAUUUCUUUUUAAACUUGAUGAUGGUGGAAAAGUUCUGAAAAGACCAAAUAUAAUAUUUGGUGGUAUAAGACCCGAAUUCCUACAUGCAGUAAAGACUGAAGAAUUUUUGGAGGAGAAAUGUAUUUUUGACAUAAGAGCUUUAAAACAAGCAUUACACAUUUUGGAUUCUGAGUUAAAUCCUGAUCACGUAUUACCUGAUUAUAAGCCAGAAUUCAGAAAACUUUUGGCUCUUUGCUUAUUUUACAAGUUUAUUCUUAGUGUAAAUCCAAGUAAAAUUGAAGAGAAAUUACGUAGUGGUGGCACUUUGCUAGAACGUGCAUUGUCGUCAGGCAAACAGGAUUAUGAGACAAAUAGCAAGAAAUGGCCAGUUAACCAACCAUUACCGAAAAUGGAAUCAAUUUAUCAAACGUCAGGUGAAGGCGAGUACAUAAAUGAUAUGGCUAUCAGAGACAACGAAGUAUUUUGUGUCUUUACAUUAGCAGAAGCUCCUGGCGUGAUUGAAAAAAUUGACUACGAAGAAGCUUUGGACUUGGACGGGGUAAUAGCUUUUUACUCAGCUAAAGAUGUUCCUGGAAAAAAUACUUUUAUAAACUUAGCCCAACAGUUUCCAUUCAUUGUUGAGGAUGAAAUUUUGUUUGCCGAAAAAGAAAUAAGAUACGCAGGGCAACCAUACGGGAUGGUAGUAGCUGACUCUCAAAACCUAGCUCAGUACGCAGCGUCAAGAGUAAAACUUGUAUAUACACCUGGCCCUCAAAGAAAACCGAUCAUUACUAUCAAUGAUGCUGUGGCAAGCAAUGAUAAAACACGAAUAUCUAAAAAUGUUGAUAUGCCAGCUCAGGCACCAGCUGGAAAGAGUAACAAGUACAAACUCAAGGGUACUCACGAGUGUGGCCCUCAAUAUCAUUUUUCUAUGGAAACUCAGACUUGCGUUUGCGUACCCAUCGAAAAUGGAGUAGAUGUAUACCCAGCAACACAGUUCAUAGAUUUUUUACAUGCGAAUAUUGCUUUGACUCUCAAUAUACCAAUAAAUAACAUAAACAUAAAAGUUAGACGACUGGGAGGUUCUUACGGUGGGAAACUAACACGUGCCAACCAAAUUGCUUGUGCUUGCGCAUUGGCUUGUCACUUGUUGAGACAACCAGCAAGACUGGUCAUGACAAUUGAGGACAACAUGCGUGCAAUUGGAAAGAGAGUACCAUCACUCGUUGAAUAUGAGCUAAUCGUAGACGAGAAGGGUGAAAUUCAAAAACUGGACGCAACUUAUUUUGGAAACAUGGGUGCUUCGUUCAAUGAGCCACACUCUAUUCUAGUGGUCCAUCAUUUUUUCAAUUGCUAUAAUCCAUCAACCUGGUCUUUCACAGGAUACGACGUGAAAACUGACAUGCCGCCAAACACGUGGUGCAGAGCUCCUGGUUCAACAGAAGGUGUAUCGAUGAUAGAACAUAUAAUGGAUAGAAUUGCUAAAGUAACCGGUAAAGAUCCGAUCGAAGUUCGAAUCGCUAAUAUGGAUCCUAAUGAUAAAGAAGCUUUAGUGCCAAUGAUUGAAGAUCUUAAAAAAAGUUCUGAUUAUGAAAAUCGAAUGAAUGAAAUCAGCAAAUAUAAUAAAGAAAACCGUUGGAAGAAACGAGGAAUGUCACUUGUUUUGAUGAAAUAUCCUUUUUUUGUAUUUGGGCAGUAUUACACUGCAAUAGCUGUUCAUGCCAGAGAUGGGUCAGUGUCAAUUACACACGGAGGGAUAGAAAUGGGUCAAGGACUCAAUACAAAAGUUGCUCAAGUCGCUGCUCAUAUUUUAGGAAUUGACUUAAACAUGAUUAGUAUAAAGCCAAGUGACAGCUUCAACGCACCAAAUAAUUUUUUUACUGGAGGAAGUUUUGGAAGCGAUGUUUUUGGAACUGCAACAAAAUCUGCAUGUGAGAAACUUUUGAAAAGAUUGCAACCAGUUAGAGAAGCUUUGGGUGGAAAUCCAUCAUGGCAAGAGUUAGUUUUAAAAGCACACCAGAUGCUAGUUGAUUUGUUUGUCUCAUUCACGUAUACGCCAAAUCCGCAAAUAAAUAGUUAUAAAAUUUAUGGAGCUACAGUUUCUGAAGUCGAGAUCGACGUAUUGACAGGUCAACAUCUGAUUCGGCGAGUAGACAUUAUAGAAGAUCUUGGAGAAAGUUUAAAUCCAAAAAUAGACGUAGGUCAAAUCGAAGGAGCCUUCGUUAUGGGAAUUGGUUACUGGACAUGCGAAGAUUUAAUAUAUGAUCCAAAAACCGGAGGACUAACAAACUACAGAACUUGGAACUAUAAAGUACCAGGACCUAAGGAUAUACCCACGGAUUUUCGCAUAUCAUUUCGUCGUAAUUCAACAAACCCUUUAGGAAUAUAUGGAUCAAAAACUGCAGGUGAACCCCCUAUGUGUAUGAGUUGUUCAAUACCUCUAGCAAUUAGACAAGCUCUUGACUCGGCACGAGCAGAUGCAGGAAACAAAGAUCCUUGGUAUCAAUUAGAUAAUUGUGUCACAGUAGAGAAGAUUUUACUGAAUAGUCUUACAAGUAUUGAAGAUAUGAACUUAUGA